GCACUAUGUGAAUGGGAUACUUUAUACGCGCACCUAAUACACGUGCACUUCUGAACGGUGUUAUAAUUCCACGCGUGAACAAACGUGAAUCGUAACCUGAAACCUAAGCUUAUAACAUACAAUUAAAGUUAAAUCAUAAUCUAAUAUCAAAAGUGGUUUAUAAAAUUUUAUUAAACUUAUAUUUCAUUGGUAUUAUUACAUUAUUGAAGUGUGCCGACCGCUCUCCGUGCUUGUCGACUUGUUAACAUUCUUAUGUUUGUAAAGGGUUGUGUAUUAACCAAUAUACAUGCACAAAAAUUCAUGUGUAAAACAUAACCUCAAAUGAACGCGUGGUUGUUUGGACCAAAUGUGUUGAGCAUUUUGUUUAUGCUAUUUUUUAAUGUUUUAAUUACAGGCUGGUGCUAUAGAAAAAGUUUAAACAUAGUAUUUAAAAUUGUGUCAUGGAAACAGAAUUCUUAAAUUUUCAUGAUGAAGGACACUUUUCAGAUUUUUCAUUAUCUUUGGAACAGAGUGUAGUAGAAAAACCUCAGGAUUUGUUAAUGCACAUGGUUGAAAAUGAUUUCGAUUAUAUGGAAACACAUCUCGAUAUUACAAAUUCUGAUGGCUUAUGGAAUAAUCAACACGAAUGUGACGAUGGUGUGGGUGAGACAUCCAUUUUGGAAAACUCUAAACUUGAUAGCAUUAAAGAAGAUUUUGCCAAAGUUCUUACCGAUUGGCAGGAACAUAUUGGUUACUUACAGUCUUCAGAUAUGGAUGAAUACAUGGAUAUUAUAGGAUUCAAUAUCAACACUAUAGAUAAAAAAAAUUUCUGUACUUCAGAAAAUGUACUUCAAGAUGAGUUAAUACAUACUGUAGAAUCUGAUUUUCUUGUGGCAAACAAAGAGGAUUUAGAAAAGGAAUCACAUCAAAUUUCUCACAAUAUAUUGGAUUUAGAAAUCAGUGAUAAUAAAACAGAAAAUGAUAAUAAGCAAAAAGAGGUAGAAAGUGCAUCGCUAUUAAAGGAACCGAAAUGUGCAAAAGGUCAGAGUAAAAUGAAGAAGAAUGUAUCUAAAUAUAAAAAUAUAAGAAUUGACAUUAAUGCAACACAAAAGAAGAAAAGAAAAGAGAAACAGUUGCGGUAUAAUAAAGAUACACACAAUAGUGAUGACAACAAUGAUAAGUCUUCUGUAAAUCAAUUACCAGUUUUACAAGCUGGCGAUGUUAAAAGUUUACUCGAACAAUUUGAAGCUUCUGAAAAUACAAUGUCAUUUUAUUCAUCGUCUAACAUAAAUACAGAACGUGAUCAAGAGGUAUGUGUGAAAUCUAAGGAAACUCAACAGCACAUGAAACAAUCGCCUACUUUUACUCCAAAGAAAUCAUUAUCGCGAAUUUCGAAUUUGCAUAAAAAUAUUAGAAGUGCUCUACCUAAAGAAAUGGUUGAAAAAAUAAAGACAUCUGCACAUAAGAAAGGAAUUUCAAUAAUAUCAACAAUACCUAAUGCACAAAGUAAUGGUCGCAGCAACGGAACACGUAUGCAAGAUGCUGCUGUGACACUUUUUCGAAACAAACUUUUAAAAGUAGUGACAAAUGAUAAUAAAAAUAAAUCUAUUAAUGGUGGACUAAUCCAACUGGAUCAUGAUUAUUGCAGUACAAAUUCCUCCAUUAGUAGUUCAGAUAGUAACAGUGAGUAUGAAAGUCAAUGUAGUGAUAGUGAAAACGUGGUUUCGAUAAAAGGUGAUAGUCAGCAGUUAUUUUAUUGUUACACAGAGUACGAGAAACAAUCAUUUUCUUCGCAUUUAAAUAAAAAUGUUAGAAAAAGUAAAGAGUGUUUAACUGAAAACAGUUUGAAGAAAGAUAGUGGUUUGGAAUCAGGUGAAGUAAGUGACAAUAGUGAAGAACAAUCAGUAAUUACAAUAGUUAAUGGUGUUCAAACGAACGAGUCUGUAAAACAGAUACAAAAUAGAAUAAAAGAGUGUCAGAAGGAAACAUCAUCGAAACAAGGAAAUUAUCAACACAGUGAUACUUCAACUAAUAUAUCAAACUUUGUUGUUAAUAAAGUUCAGAGUAAAUCUGCAAAUGUUCCAAAACAUGAAAUGAAAAUUCAAUCAGCUUUGGCAACAAGUAUUUUGCAGUUAAAUCAAGGUGUUUUAAGUAAAACAGAAUCUGUAACAACAGGUAAUCAAAGAAUGAAACAAAUGGUUUCUGUAUUGAAGAAACCACCUAAUGUCCAACAGUCGCCAGUUUUAAUAACUACUUCUAAUGAAAGUGUAGUGACUACCACUAAUAGUUUAAAUGAUCAAGUACAAAAUAUUAUUGUUCAAACUGAGGAAAAGACAUUUGUACAGCAGAAUAACAAAAAACCUCCCCGUAAAAAAUUAAAUUUGGCAGAAUACAGAAGUAGAAGAGAACAGAAUCGUAGUGAUAAUAGUAGAACAAAUUCACCAGUGUCGCCUAUGACAUUAGUAUAUAUUCAUCAUGCGUCUACCACAACGGAACCUAUUAAAGAUGAUCCUCAAAAUCCUAUUUGGUCAGAAAGAGAAAUCGUAUCACUUUUAAAACCAAAGGCGGAAAUAGAUGAGAAAAAAGUGCUUCCAAAACCAUCCACUUGUGAUGUAGGAAUUCAAACUUACGAAACAGUAUUUGAAUUUCCUCAGAACGCCUUAAUUGGUAUUGAUGAAAGGGAAAGGUCGAUACGAGAGAAAAGUCAACAACCUUGUAAGAAGCAGAGAAUUAGUUCUAGCUCAAGCCGAUCUAGAUCGAGAAGUAAUAGUAAAAGCAAAAGUAGAAGUAGGAGCAGAAGUAGCAGUAAUCGAAGUAGAUCAUAUAAACGUAAUAAUACACGUCAUCGAAGAAUAAGUCAUCGCCGUAGCUCAGUUAGUUCAAGCAGUAGUUGGUCAUCACGUUCACGUUCACGUUCACGAUCACGUUCACGUUCACGCUCAAACACAAGAUCUUCUCUCAGCUCAGAGUCGAGCUACUCUCGGUCACGUUCUAGAUUGUCUAGAUCAAGAUCUCGAUCAUCUUCCCGAUAUUCUAGUUGUUCUAGGUCUUCAUCUCACUCGAACUUUGGGAGAAAUAGAUGGUCAAGAAGGAAAAGAAGGCAAGGUAAAAAGUAUCAUAGAAGCUACGAUAGGGAUAGCCAACAUUCAACAAACAGCUAUCGCGAUUAUGGAGAUUGGAGAAGUAGAUCGUCGUCGAGUUCCUAUCGACGACCAUACGAUCAUUGGUAUGAUCGAGAAAAACAAAGACAAGUUGAAGAGAGAAGAGUAAUUUAUGUUGGACGUUUAGAGGAAGGAAUCACUAAAGCUGAUCUGCGUAGAAGAUUCGAAGUUUUCGGUCCUGUAGUAGAUAUCAGUGUGCAUUUUCGUGAACAUGGUGAUAAUUAUGGUUUUGUAACAUUUGCUUACAAAAAUGAUGCAUAUGAAGCUGUAGAACAUGGUAACGAUAAUCCCACUUUACCAAGAUACGAUUUAUGUUUCGGUGGUCGCAGAGCAUUUUGUAAAGUAAAAUACGCAGAUCUAGACAUGACAUUAUUUUUUACAGAUGGCAUGCCCAGCGAUUCAUUUGGCAGUGAACUUCAAAGUAAUGAAGACAACACAUUCGAUCUAUUACUAAAAGAAGCAAAAGCGAAAUUACGUAAAAGGAAAGUUUGACAUAUGUACUACUUAUUAGUUAUAAAGGUAAUUUAAAUAAUUAGUGUACAUGUCGCAGUCGAUAAUAUUCAAAGGAAAAGCUGGUGGAGUGGUACAUACCAGUAUAGAAAGUGUUUUAGAAAGUUUGUACACUGUGAAAAUUGUAGAUUUUUCAUAUCAAAAUAAAUUGCAUGGUUCUUUACCAUUUUUGCAAUCUGCUGCUCUAUAUUUCUGGUGUAUCUUCUUUAAAUCAUAGUAGAAAACUUUAGUUUAUUUUAACACGGAAAGUCUACAGUGGUCAUGGUGUAUAACUUUUAACAGACAUCUUGUAUGUACUAAAAACAUACUGCAUAGUACUUUCCACAAAUAGAAAUAUAGUAAAAGUUACAUAAUUGUUAUACAAUAUAAUACUAAAAUUUUACAAUAUACCAUUCGAAAGAUAGGUAUGAUUUGAUAGAUAUAUAUUUUCCAAAUUAUCUAGAAAUAUCAAUGCUGUAAAAAAUAUUUUGUUUCAAUUUAUUAUAUUAUUUUCAGUUAUAGUGAAAGUAUUAAAGUUUAAUUUAUACAAAAGUCUGGUUAGUUAAGGAUAUAUCAUACGAUUAAUAGUUUAUUUUGAAGAUUUUCUUCCUUUUUAUAAAUAAUUUAUUAAAACCAAUAAUGCACUAUUAAUUACAAA